UAACUUGCAAAGUAUAGUCGGCAGUAGUGUACACAUGUAUAGUCUGUGGAAGCCAAGUAAAAGCAUGACAUAUCUCUCUCACUCCGAGACCUCUUUUCAACGGACACUUGUUUUUCUUCAUACUUCUCCAAUAUUAUUACUGUAACACACACACACACACACUUUACAUAUUCAUAUUUUUAGAGAGCUACUGUGAAGCUUGAAGCUUGUAAGCAAUGGCAGACAUUACACACUUUCCCAUGGAACAGCUCCGAGACCUUCAGUACUGCAUUGAUUCCAACCCUCCUUGGCCUGAAAGUAUCUUACUGGCAUUUCAAAACUAUAUUCUGGUGCUAGGAUCAAGUGUGAUGAUUCCUACUCUCCUUGUCCCAUUAAUGGGUGGAACUGAUGGGGAGAAGGCACGAGUAAUACAAACCUUGUUGUUUGUAGCUGGAGUUAACACACUUCUUCAAGCUCUUUUUGGAACACGGUUGCCAGUUGUAGUUGGAGGAUCUUAUGCUUAUGUCAUUCCCGUAUUAAAUAUAAUUUUCGAUUCAUCUCUACAACAAAUUACUGACAAUCAUGAUAGGUUUAUUGAAACGAUGCGUGCUAUUCAAGGGGCUCUAAUUAUAGCAUCAAGUGUGCAAAUCAUCCUUGGAUACAGCCAAGUAUGGGGCCUCUUUUCAAGGUUUUUCAGUCCUCUUGGCAUGGCGCCUGUUGUGGCUUUGCUUGGUUUAGGGUUAUUUCAACGAGGAUUUCCAGAGUUGGGGAAAUGUGUAGAAAUCGGGAUACCAAUGCUUUUGUUGGUGAUUGGAGUGUCACAAUAUCUAAAAUAUUGGAGAACUGUGGGAGAAAUGCCCAUUUUUGAACGUUUUCCUAUACUAAUCUGCAUCACAGUCAUUUGGAUCUAUUCAAUAAUAUUAACAGCAAGUGGUGCCUACCGAGACAGACCCAUCAAAAAUCAAUUCAGUUGUCGGACAGAUAAAGCUAAUCUCAUCUCUACUGCCCCUUGGUUCAAAUUUCCAUAUCCUUUUCAGUGGGGUCCACCAACCUUUUCACCGGGAAGUUCAUUUGCCAUGAUGUCUGCAGUUCUCGUGUCAAUGGUUGAGUCCACUGCUGCAUACAAUGCUGCAUCUCGGCUUGCAAUUGCCACCCCACCUCCUGCAUAUGUAUUGAGCCGGGGAAUUGGUUGGCAGGGAAUAGGAGUUUUACUUGAUGGUCUUUAUGGAACAGGCAUAGGCUCUUCAGUGUCUGUUGAAAACAUUGGGCUGCUAGGACUGACUCGAGUUGGAAGUCGCAGAGUUGUUCAAAUAUCUGCAGGCUUCAUGAUAUUGUUCUCAAUCUUAGGGAAAUUCGGAGCUGUUUUUGCAUCAAUUCCUUUUCCUAUAUACGCUGCAUUGUAUUGUGUUCUGUUUGGUCUCGUAGGUGCAGUUGGUCUAUCAUUUUUACAGUUCACUAACAUGAAUUCCAUGAGAAAUCUUUUCAUAAUUGGGUUAUCUCUCUUCCUUGGAAUAUCUAUCCCUCAGUUUUUCUACGAGAAUUCAACUCUUCAUCACGGACUUGUUCGCACUGAUGCUGGUUGGUUCAAUGCAUUCUUGAACACAAUAUUCUCAUCACCACCGACAGUAGGGCUUAUGGUUGCAGUAUUUCUUGACAACACAGUGGAUGUGGAGAAGUCGAAGAAAGAUCGAGGAAUGCCUUGGUGGGUAAAAUUCAGAACAUUUAGAGGUGAUAAUCGAAAUGAAGAGUUCUACACUUUGCCUUUCAAUCUCAACAGGUUCUUCCCACCUACAUAGAACUAGAAGCCUGACCAUCAACAUUACUCAUGGAACUGAAUCUCUGAGGCCUUGCCAGGGGAAACGAGGCGCAUCCUAAUCAUAAAGCAUUGGUUAGCCACAGUCAAUUGGUCUUCACCUGAAACUUCAUCAGAACUAGCAAUAAUAUUUUUAUCAGUAUCAUCACAUCUAUGUUCCAACCACAAACAAAGAGAAAAGAAGAAAAGACAAUGGAAUGGUCAUGCCACAUAAACUACUAAUAAUAGUAAGAAUCAGCAAAGUUUACAAGA